AUGUCGGAUGGCACCGCUGGCGUGCUGCUCGUCUCCUCGCUCGCCGUCCUCUUCUUCUUUCCACUGCUGCGGCCGGCGGCGGCACGAGUCCUCAAGUGGGGCGCGAUUUCCUUAGCGGUGCUCUUCGUCACCUGCCUUCUCAGCAUGUGCUUCGCCGAGGCGGGCGCCGAUCCGAACGCCCCGCCCUCGGACACGCCUUUGGACGCUGCUGUCGAGAAGGGGCACGAGGGGACGGCCGCCGUGCUGAUGGAGGCGGGGGGCGUGCACUCGACUCCCGUCUCGCGCGGCCUGAGCAUGCUGCACACGCUCAUGGCGGGCUUGCUGCUCGGCUCGCUCAUUCCGUGGAUGUAG